CCCCUCCCUUGUUCCACAGUGUUGCAAGCACAGUGAAUAUUUGGUUCAUAACUGUGGACAGUAGGAAGAACACCAGCUUUGGAGUCAGUUCAGACCUGUGUCUGCUGCAUUGCUGAAAUCUUGGGCAAGUCUUUCAGCCUGGUAUGGCAGAAAAACCAUUGUGUAUGCCCACACAAAUACCCCAUGAUGAAGAUACACAAAGAGGAGAUAGUGUCCGUUGCUUAACAAUGCUUGGUCAUUUUGGUUUUGAAUGUUUGCCUCAUCAGUUGGUAAACCAAUCUAUUCAACAAGGAUUUUCUUUUAAUAUUCUCUGUGUGGGGGAAACUGGAAUUGGAAAAUCAACACUCAUCGACACAUUAUUCAAUACUAAUUUGAAAGACAAAAAAUCCUCACAUUUUUACUCAAAUGUUGGACUUAAAAUUCAGACAUAUGAACUUCAGGAAAGUAAUGUUCAAUUGAAAUUAACUGUUGUGAAAACAGUGGGAUAUGGUGAUCAAAUAAACAAAGAAGCCAGCUACCAACCUAUAGUUGAAUAUGUAGAUGCUCAAUUUGAGGCCUAUCUUCAAGAAGAAUUGAAAAUUAAACGUUCCUUCAUUGACUACCAUGAUUCCCGUAUACAUGUGUGCCUUUACUUCAUUUCACCUACAGGACAUUCUUUGAAGUCCAUUGAUCUAUUAACUAUGAAGAACAUUGACAAUAAGGUGAACAUUAUACCAUUGAUUGCCAAAGCAGAUACAAUUUCUAAAAACGACUUACAGAAAUUCAAGUGUAAAAUAGUGAGUGAAUUGGUUAGUAAUGGCAUCCAGAUAUAUCAGUUCCCAACAGAUGAUGAAACUACUGCUCAGGUGAAUUCCUCAAUGAAUGGACAAUUACCUUUUGCUGUAGUAGGGAGUAUGGAUGAAGUGAAAGUUGGAAAAAGAAUGGUCAGAGGCCGUCAGUACCCUUGGGGAGUUUUACAAGUGGAAAAUGAAAAUCACUGUGACUUUGUCAAGCUCCGGGAUAUGCUUCUUUGUAUAAAUAUGGAAGACCUGAAAGAACAAACUCACACUCAGCACUAUGAACGUUAUAGGUGCUGCAAACUGGAGAAAAUGGGCUUUACUGAUGUGGGCCCAGACAACAAGCCACUUAGUUUUCAAGAGAUCUAUGAAGAUAAAAGACAAAAGUUCUAUGAUCAAUGUCAGAGGGAAGAAGAAGAAUUGAAACAAAAGUUUAUGCAGCGAGUAAAGGAUAAAGAAACAACAUUUAAAGAAUCUGAAAAAGAGUUACAAGAAAAGUUUGAGCAUCUUAAACGAGUCCAACAAGAGGAGACAAUGAAACUUGAGGAGAAGAGAAGACAAUUGGAAGAAGAAAUAAUGGAUUUUUAUAAAUUGAAGGCUGUUUCUGGAACAUUACAGACUCUGGUGUGCACCAAUAUAAAGAAGGAGAAAGAUCGGGAUUUGUUCAUGAGCCAUUGCCGGAAUCAAGCUCCAGCAGGUCCAGGGGUUCCUGAAGGCUGAACAGCGUUGGCAAAAAAAUGAAAAAAAAUAAAUCAAAAAUAGAAAUGGACACAGACAACAGCAGUGUGUUGAACUGGCUGCUUUAUUAUGGCAAAUGUGGCAUUAUAUUUGUUAGCAAUUUCCUUGUAGUGUGCAUCAUCUAUGUUUUCUAGCAUUACCUAAUUCUAAAAAUGUUCCUAUGUGUAAUCACCUUUUAAGGAGUAACAUGGUUAUUUUCUCAUAACAUUCCCUCCUGCCCUUUGCUUAUUGAUUAAUUUCUUACAUUAUUUUCAU